GGGCAUCUUGGCCAAUCCGCACCAACCACGGAGAGAGUGAGCGAGGGAGCAGAUUGCGCGCAGUAGAAACUCGAGAAAGCAUUUAAGAAAGCGAGACCUCGCACUCGCAGCAGAUCGAACGGAAGCUCUCGCCCAGCUCCACCAACUUCUUCCAGGCCAGCCAGCUCUCCCACUCACACUCGCUGUCAGAUCCCGAGAAUGGCGGUCGUCCCUCAGCCGCUGCUGGCCUCCGCGCUCCUGGCGCUCCUCCUCGCCGCCGCCUCCGCUGCCGAUACUAAGAAUAACCCUGCCGACGAGCUUGUGAGCUUGAUCAACGCCAACCGUACCGCCAGCAAGGCAUCAAAUCUUGCUGAUAAUCAAGGCCUUGGAUGCAUUGCUCUGCAGUACAUAAAAGCAUACGAGGGUCAGUGCGACCAGGUGGGUGGAAACAAGAAGCCUGUGGAUUCCAGUUUCAUCGACACAUUUGCCCCAAAUUGUGGUGUCCAAACUGCAAGCCUUGCCAAGAUCACUGGGAGGCUCCUGGCGUGCCAGCCAACCUACCCACCUCCAGCACAGGCCUUCGACAUGCUCAUUGCUGAUGAGAGGAGCCUCCAGGUAUUGCAUAGCAAGAACCACACAGAGGUGGGGGCGGCUGUCACCGGCACUUCUGGCGGCGGUCCGUAUUUCUGGUGUGUUUUGUUCAGCAAUGGGAAGCCAAACUCGAGCUUCACGGUAGAAGGGGGAGUUCCCAAGACUGCCCAUCCUGGAUGCUUCAGCGGCAACAAUGACGAGUGCAGUGGCGCCAUUUCAACCGGUGUGACUGCAUGGACGCUGGUGUCGGCCAUUCUUUUUGCUCUGGCUGGCGCCUUUACUUUGUGAGCUUGAGCAGAGAUGCAUCGGUGUACCAUUCUUUUGCCGAUUUUCAGAUCUGGUAGAGCACGCUAGUUGCAGUGUCUCUACUUCACCGCAAUUCUUUUGCUCCUUUUAGCAGGUGAUUUCUGUAAGGACUAAAAGAUCAUGGCUUUCAGCAUUUGUGACAACGAGUUUACCUGUGCAGGUUGUGCGUC